AUGGCUAAGAUUGUUUAUGCUUCUGCCAUUGGAAGUUUGAUGUACGCGAUGGUCUGUACGAGGCCAGACAUUGGCCAUGCAGUGGGAGUUGUGAGCAGGUUUAUGUCAAAACCAGGAGAAGCUCACUGGGAAGCAGUCAAAUGGAUUUUGAGAUAUCUACGGGGCACAACAGAAAAGUGUCUGUAUUUUAAAAAAGGAGAUCUAAAGUUACAGGGCUACGUAGAUGCAGACUUCGGAGGUGAAGUUGAUCACCGAAGAAGCACCACCGGUUAUGUUUUCACUGUCGGAGCUACAGCUGCUAGUUGGAUGUCGCAGAUACAAAAGAUUGUUUGCUCUAUCCACUUCAGAGGCUGA